AUGUCUUCUACCCACAAGCAAGAGAAGACCGCUAACCCGGUGAAGGCCUUAGGGCUCACCCCAAGCCAAGCAGAGCACCUCCUGCUGGGAUACUUGUGCAUGCGAAAGCCCGAGGUCGACUGGAAGAAGCUCGCGGAGCUUAGCAGUUUUACGCCUUCCUCCGCUACAACUGUCUUCACCAAGGCCCGACGCAGGCUCGAGAAAUGGGAGGAGAACAGGACCGCUGGGACGGCUUAUAAGGGAUCUGAUGAAGCCGAUGAAGCUGAGCAGGAUGCGGCUACGGAGACUGCACUUGCCGACAAUGGUCAAAAUUAG